UAUGUUUUGUAUCAACAAGCUCAUAAAUCCAACAUGGCAGAAUGGCUGCUCGAAGUAGUGCAACAUCUGCCGACAUUUCGCAGGAGGAAUACUCGGAACUCGAGGACGAAAUCUUCCUCCCUUUUCCGGGCAAGGUGAGACCGACUCUCCCAGCUGACCCGGGCAGCCAAACCAGUGCCUCAGAGUGGGAGGAAUUACCGCUGGAGUCGGAACCGUUUCCAGAAACAGUUGACCAUAUUGAACCGACAUCCACCGCUGCGUUGAACAACGUACUGAGAUCCAUCCAUCAUGGACACGGUAUCCACGCGCAGUCAGCGGGGUUGGACGGUAGUGAUUCCGAGCCCGUCCCCCACGGGCUGGACGCGGUUUGCACCGGCAGGGUGAGCCCUAGGGUACGGGUGAGCACCCUCUCCCUCGACAGUCGGGAAAGUGACAACAGCGAGUCCCCAAACAGCCCCACAAAAGGCGGACCGCUGCGCAGAGACUCGUCCAUUUUGGACGGCCUGCUGUGCGAAAUUUACGACCGGUGUCAGCUGAACUCGCGGUACAGCAUCGACAGCGAUGGUUUCACUGAGUAUUCGAGUAACUCGGAAGGGGCGUAUCUAAGCAGUAAAGGGGACAGUUUCCAGGAGUCCACCCGACUGCCCAAGGCGAUACUCAAUGCCAAAAGUAUCCACGAGUUGCAAGAAAUGGUGAGGGAUCUGCAGCACACUGUGGCUGUGCUCUCGGGCCGGCUGAUCAAGCAGCUGAAGCGACGAGACCGCUACAUCGCCAAGCUGAACAAGAACCAGGACGUCCUGACGGCAGUGUUGCAGGCCGUCUCUCAGAAAAGACGUGUGGAUGCAAGACUUAAAUUCAGCAUCGAGCCACUGCCUGGAAAGAGAGCAUUUCGUCAGUGGUACGACGCUCUGCGGGCCGUGGGCCGACUACCCAAAGGCCUCCCCCAGGAAUUCCGCAAGUCGGUCUGGUUGAGCCUGGCCAACCGACACAUCAAACACCUCAAGCUGGACUGGCCCAAGACGGUCAAAUUCACCUUCAAUGACCGCAGUAACCCUGAUGAUGACACUCUGGGUGUCCAGAUUGUCAAGGACUUGCACCGUACCGGCUGCAGUGGCUUCUGUGGGCAGGAGGCGGAGGACGACCGCGUGGUCCUCAAACGGGUCCUGCUGGCCUACGCCCGCUGGAACAAGGCCGUCGGAUACUGCCAGGGGUUCAACGUCCUCGCUGCGCUGAUUCUAGAGGUCAUGGAGCGCGUUGAGGACGAUGCUCUCAAGGUCAUGAUAUUCCUAAUAGACCACGUUCUGCCAGACAGCUACUUUGCCAAUAACUUGAGGGCGCUGUCCGUGGACAUGGCGGUGUUUCGGGAGCUGCUGCAUUUCAAGCUGCCAGAGUUGGCCGAGCACCUGGACAAACUUCAAAAGACCAGCAACGACGGUAGCUACGAGCCCCCUCUGACCAACGUCUUCACCAUGCAGUGGUUCCUGACCCUCUUUGCUACCUGUCUUCCCAAGCCGCUGGUACUCCGUGUCUGGGACAGUAUCUUCCUAGAAGGCUCGGAGAUCCUACUUCGGGUGGCCAUGGCGAUCUGGGCCAAACUGGCCGAUAAACUGAUGGAGGUGGAGAGUGCGGAUGAGUUCUACAGCACGAUGGGUCUCCUAGGCAACAAGAUGCUGAAGGGAGAGAUCAUCGACGGAGACGAACUCAUCCAGACCAUUUACUCCCUGGCACCGUUUCCCUUCCCCCAUCUGAACGAGAUCCGGGAGAAGUACAUGUUCAGCAUCACCCCCUUCGCCCCCCUGGGCUCCCUCCCCGAGAAGUCCGAGGGAGGAGCCAAAGGGAGGGGCGGGGCUGGGGGAGGAAGGGGCGGGGACACCGGGCACGGAGGGAGUAAGAAGGAAGGAGGGAAGAGCGACGAGGAGGGUGAUCUGGACGAGGAUGAGAUCAUGCUGACCUGCUUCACCAGCUUGUUCCCGAUACCGUCGUCGCCCUCCAGGGGCCGUUUGGAAGCAGGUGAGAAAGGCGAGCAGUCGGCCGUCAGUCCCAGCGACAUCACCCGGGUCAGUCCUGGUGCGUACGGAGCCAGCUCCAGUGAGGACGGCCUGAGCCAGAGGCUGUCCACGGCAAUGCUGGAGAGAAUGAACACGGACAUCUACGCCCUCAAGAAGCAGUACUGGCGCAUACAGAGAAGGCAACAGCAGGCCCACGUCAUCUACAGCUCUGGCAACAAGGAAGAGGACAGAGGACGGAGGCAUAAGGAACCCAAGAGGAACUUCUCCACCAGCCUAGACUCACCAUCAGCAAUAAACCACCUACUCAUCGGGAAACAUGGUCUGGGCAAAAAGAAUCGCAAGGUCGCAGUCGGCGUUCCGACAAAGAUUGCCAAUCAAAAGUCUCCGUCCACAAGCAGUAUAGGAGGGCACGGAAGCAGCCAAUCUGUGACAGAGACCAUCGAUGAUGACACCAACGGGACGAGGACGGAAGAAGCAAGACCGGUAAAACUAGAAGGGGAGCCGGAAGAGAAUGUUGGAUCUCAGAAUGAGACAGAGUGUGCAGCUGAGGAAAAUGCUAGGGAGGAGGAUAAUGUAGAGAAGGAUGAAGAUGAUGAAUUAGCAACAGUGUCCGUUGAACCACCAGUCGGUUUACUUAUUGACUUCGGGAGUCCCCAACAUUUAGCUAGUGGGGGUAAAUGCAAGCUUGCUGAGGAUUCCUGUAACAUUACAUUGGACGAUACUGCGGAUCCAGCUGUCGGCCAUUCUGAGCAGAAUGGCUCUGUGUCGCACGGAGAGAAACCGGGAGAUGACAGGAGGGAAUCAACAAUGGACACGGAACGUAGGAGAAGCGUCGCAGAUGAGCCGUCGCGGUCCAAAUUGGCGGCCCCAUCCAGAGAGACGGGUACAGUGAGCCCGUUAGUCCAGGAGCGACGGUUCAACUUUGCCACGGAGGCCUACAAGCCAGAGCUGGGUCAGAGUGCCGUGGAAGGCACGGGCAACCCUAAGAUGUACGGCCAGUCCAACGCCUACCGGCCGUGGCUCAACGCGUCCACGUGCUCGGACUCGGACUCGGACUCGGCCGACAACAACGACGACGAAGAGAGAGGGCCAUCGUCCGCCAAGAACAAAACUGUCCAGGCUUACAAUCCCUUCCCUGCCCGUCGGCUGAAAAGCGAAAAGGACCGAACGCGGACCCGGCUCAAAGUGGGUCUGUAUAAAGCAGGGGAUCGGGGACAUGAGAACGGACUGAACCCCAAGGAUAGACGCUGUGUCAACCAACAGCUGGGAAACAGCUCAAGGGGGGUGAAACUGGCGGGCAGAUUCUAAAAAGUGGUAUUUAUUUUGCGCACUUAACAAAUCAUUAGCAUUAGGGGGAGGGGCUGCAGCCAUCGUUUUCAAUUGUCUGUCUGCAUUUUACCAACCUGGAUCCACCACUGAAAACCACUUCACCUGUGGUUUUUCAAUUGUCAUGACUACAUGCCCUUGCAGUUAAUUGGUCGACUGUACACAGAAGUGUGGUACUAUUCAUUUUUGAAACUCUUAAAACAGAUGUCACAAACCAUGUUAGCAUUGUUACUUCCAGUACUUCAAACACAGCUCAGGAUUUCAUGUUAUACCAAAAAUAUGUCAAUUGUUUCCUUAGGUGAUGUAGAACACUUCUUGGUAACAAUUUCCAGUGCUGUGUACUUACAUAUUUAGUGAAGACGGUAGCUUGCAUGAGUCUAAGCUUUUUAAGAUUUAGAAAGCAGUUAUUGUUGAGUAAUGUAUCAGCAAUUCUUUCGAUUCAGAAGAUUAUGUGACAUCUCUGUCAUUUCAGCCAUACCUAGAUGGACAUUUCAAGAUUGGCCAUUCUAUAAAUUUAGGGUCCAAAGUGUGACAUUUUUCCUUUCUUGUGACCUCGGAUUUUUGUUACUGACCAUUCUUGUAUCAUUAAGAAUGACUUCAAAGGAUUUUUUUUAUUUAUUAAUA